AUGCUGUACCUCGUCGCUACUGCAGUAUGCCUCGCUGCUUCGGCAAGCGCUCUUGCACUACCUCAAAUCACCACCGGUAACCCAGGCACCUACCCUCAACCAUUCGCGCAAAACACCACUCUGGGCUUCUUCUCUGGGAAGAGCUUCACUCCUGGCACGAAGAUUGGCUCCGUCUCGACUGAUACGAUCACCGAUCUGGAUGGCUGCGGGAUACGUACAGGCGAAGGUGUAAUCAAGUCCAUGUACUGCACGCCAUUGACGCACAGCACAAUCAGCAUUGGACAGGUCGACCACGGUAUCUGCACUUUGACUCUCUUCACUGGGUCGAAGAAUUGCGAGGUCGUGAGCGGAGGGCAGAGACGUCAGAUCCCAGUUCCCAAUGGGAAGGAAGAGACUUGCAUUUCGACCGGCGUGCUUGAUGGAGGCAGGUACCAGAAGGCCAGUGGAAUUUGGACAUGCGGCUGA